GCCACCAGAGCAAUCACCCACUCACUUUGCCCCACUCCACACUCAAAGCAUCAAUCUUUCUGCUUCCGUCUCUCUCUGAUCUAUACAAAAACAGAAUGGCCUCUCUCGUUUUCACUACCUUCAACCAACCCUAACAACUCAAACUAGAUACCGAAACUCAAAGAAACUCGCAAACCUGAAAAUAUAAUUCAUUGGACGUCCUGGUUGAAUACGAUGGCGAGUUCGAGCGGGACUAAGAAUGACGCAGGUCCGGGGCCGGGGACGCUGUCUAGGAGAAUGACGCGAGCACCGACGAUGAUGUUGGAUCUUCCUGACGAGGAUAACGCCCCCGCUGACAGUGAGCUUGUGCCGUCUUCUUUGGCCGUUAUCGCUCCUAUUCUUCGCGUUGCUAAUGAGAUUGAGAAGGAAAAUCCACGCGUCGCUUAUCUCUGCCGAUUCCAUGCAUUUGAGAAAGCUCAUAAGAUGGAUCAGACGUCGAGUGGACGUGGAGUUCGACAGUUCAAGACCUAUCUGCUUCACAAGCUUGAGAAGGAAGACUUGGAAACAAAGCCUCAGCUGGCAAGAAAUGAUCCAAGAGAAAUCCAGAUGUAUUACCAAGGAUUCUACGAGAAGAACAUUAAAGAUGCACAACAUACAAAAAAACCGGAAGAGAUGGCUAAAAUUCUUCGCAUUGCUACAGUAUUAUAUGAUGUGCUGCAAACGGUGGUACGAACAGAAAAAGUAGACAGUGAGACAAGGAAAUAUGCUGAGGACGUUGAGAGGAAAAGGGGACAGUAUGAACACUAUAACAUUCUUCCACUGUAUGCUGCUGGGGUAAAACCAGCAAUCAUGGAACUUCCAGAGAUCAAAGCUGCACUUCAUGCUCUACGUGAUUUGGAUAAUCUUCCAAUGCCCAGAAUUCGGCUGCCACAUGUUUCCUCUGAUGACUCGCCUAAGGAAAGUGUUAAAUCUGUCAAUGACAUACUCGAUUGGCUUUCAUCCAUUUUCGGGUUUCAGCGAGGAAAUGUGGCAAAUCAGAGGGAGCACCUGAUAUUGCUACUAGCAAAUAUGGAUGUAAGGAAUAAGAGUCUUGAUGAUUAUACUGCGCUCAAUAGUAGGACCAUACAGAAAUUGUUGGAUAAGAUUUUCAAGAAUUAUCGGUCAUGGUGUAACUAUUUGCGAUGUAAAUCAAAUCUUAUAUUUCCUGAAAAGUCUGAAAACCAACAGUUACAGCUUAACCAACAGUUACAGCUUAUUUACAUUGCACUCUAUCUUCUUAUAUGGGGUGAAGCUUCAAAUAUACGAUUCAUGCCAGAAUGCAUUUGCUAUAUCUUCCACAAUAUGGCACAUGAAGUCUAUGGAAUAUUGUUUAGCAACGUGCAUCCUGUUAGCGGGGAGACAUAUGAAACAGCAGCACCUGAUGAUGAAACCUUUCUAAACGAUGUUAUAACCCCAAUCUAUCAGGUUUUGCGCAAGGAAGCAAGGAGAAACAAAGGAGGCAAGGCUAGCCAUUCAAAAUGGAGAAAUUAUGAUGAUUUGAAUGAGUACUUUUGGUCUGACAGGUGUCUUAAAUUAAAUUGGCCAAUGGACCUUAAAGCAGAUUUUUUUGUUCAUUACGAUGAAAAUCCAUCUGCAAAUGAGAGACCUAACCGACGCACUGGAAAGAGGAAGCCUAAAACUAAUUUUGUGGAAGUCCGCACUUUUUGGCACCUCUUUAGAAGUUUUGAUCGAAUGUGGAUAUUUCUUAUAUUGGCUUUGCAGGCUAUGAUAAUUGUUGCAUGGAGUCCUUCUGGAUCUAUUAUAGCCUUUUUCAAUGAGGAUGUCUUCAAAAGUGUUUUGAGCAUCUUUAUUACUUCUGCAUUCCUUAAUCUUCUGCAAGCUUUUCUGGAUAUAAUUCUGAGUCUUAAUGCAUGGAGGAGCUUAAAAGGCACACAAAUAUUGCGGUAUCUUCUGAAGUUUGUUAUGGCCGCUGCAUGGGUUGUGGUUCUGCCAAUUGGUUAUUCAAGCUCUGUGUUGAAUCCAACAGGACUUGUAAAGUUCUUUAGCACCUGGUCUAUGGAUUGGCAGAACCAGUCAUUUUAUACCUAUGCCAUUGCAAUUUAUUUGAUACCCAACAUACUGGCUACCGUACUUUUUUUUCUUCCGCCUUUACGGAGAACCAUGGAACGUUCAAAUUGGCGGAUUGUUACUCUUAUUAUGUGGUGGGCUCAGCCAAAACUAUUUGUAGGAAGAGGCAUGCAUGAGGAUAUGUUCUCACUUUUGAAGUAUACAUUAUUUUGGAUCCUGUUGAUAAUAUGCAAGCUAGCAUUUAGCUACUAUGUGGAGAUAUUGCCUCUAGUUGAACCAACGAAGUUGAUUAUGGAGAUUACCGUUGAUAAUUAUCAAUGGCAUGAAUUCUUUCCUCGACUUACGUAUAACAUUGGUGUUGUUAUCUCAAUAUGGGCCCCUAUUCUCCUGGUUUAUUUUUUGGAUGUACAAAUAUGGUAUGCCAUAUUUUCUACACUUGUUGGUGGGAUUCAAGGAGCAUUCAACCAUUUGGGUGAGAUAAGGACACUAGGGAUGUUAAGGUCCAGAUUUGAAUCCGUGCCUUCAGCUUUCAGUCGCCAUCUUGUGCCAUCAUCAUAUAAGGAUGUUUCAGGGAACCAUGAGACGGAUGAGCAAAUCGAAAGAAAAAAUAUUGCAAAUUUUUCACAUGUGUGGAAUGAGUUCAUAUAUUCCUUGAGAGCAGAAGAUCUGAUCAGCAAUCAUGAAAGAGACUUGCUGCUUGUGCCGUAUUCUUCAAAUGAUGUCUCUGUCGUGCAGUGGCCUCCUUUUUUGCUUGCUAGCAAGAUUCCUAUAGCAUUGGACAUGGCAAAAGAUUUCAAGGGGAAGGACGACGCUGAGUUGUAUAAGAAGAUGGAUGAUUAUAUGCAAUCAGCACUAACCGAGUGUUAUGAGACAUUGAGGGACAUGAUAUAUAGCCUUCUGGAAGAUGAUUACGAUAAGAUGAUUGUAAGGCAGAUAUGUCAUGAAGUAGACUUGAGCAUACAACAACAUCAGUUUUUGCAUGAAUUCAAUAUGAGUGGAUUGCCUAUGCUUAGUGAAUAUCUGGAGAGAUUUCUAAAAUUCUUGCUAAGUUAUCCUGAAGAUGCUGGCAUGUAUAAAUCUCACAUAAUUAAUGCUCUCCAGUCUAUUAUAGAAGUUAUCACUCAAGAUAUCAUGAAGCAUGGCCAUGAUGUCCUGGAAAGAGCUCCCACUAACAUCACAGGGGAUCAAAGUAGUAUAAGAGAACAGAGGUUUGUAAGGAUAAAUAUAAACCUUGCAUAUAACAAGUACUGGACGGAUAAGGUCAUUAGGCUCCAUUUACUUUUGACUACCAAGGAAUCUGCCAUAAAUGUGCCCUCGAACUUGGAUGCUCGUCGCCGAAUAACUUUCUUUGCAAAUUCCUUAUUCAUGAACAUGCCGAAGGCUCCAAAAGUCCGAGACAUGUUCUCUUUUAGUGUUUUAACUCCAUAUUACAAAGAAGAUGUUCUUUAUUCUGAUGACGAACUUCACAAGGAAAAUGAAGAUGGGAUAACAAUUUUGUUCUACCUAAAGACUAUAUAUCGUGAUGAAUGGAAAAAUUUUGAGGAACGCACAAAUACAUGUUCUUCCAAAGAGAAGAUGGAGCUUACUCGUCAGUGGGUAUCGUACAGGGGGCAGACCCUUGCUAGAACAGUGAGAGGGAUGAUGUACUAUAGGCAAGCCCUAGAACUUCAGUGCUUAUUGGAAUUUGCAGGAGACCAAGCUGUUUCGAGUGCUUUCCGUACCUUGGAACAUGAGCAGGAUCAGAAAGUUUUCUUUGAUCAUGCACAAGCACUAGCUGAUUUGAAGUUCACGUAUGUUGUUUCUUGUCAAGUGUAUGGAGCUCAGAAAAAAUCCACUGAAGCCCGGGACCGAAGUUGUUACAGUAAUAUUCUGAAUCUAAUGCUAACGAAUCCUUCGCUACGUAUUGCUUACAUCGACGAGAGAGAGGUGACAGUGAAUGGAAAAUCUCAAAAAAUGUAUUACUCUGUUCUCGUCAAAGGAGGUGAUAAGUUUGAUGAGGAAAUCUACCGAAUCAAGCUUCCAGGUCCUCCAACAGAUAUCGGUGAAGGAAAACCUGAGAAUCAAAAUCAUGCCAUUAUCUUUACUCGUGGAGAAGCCUUACAGACUAUAGACAUGAAUCAGGACAAUUACUUUGAAGAAGCUUUUAAAAUGAGGAAUGUGUUGGAGGAGCUUAAAAAAUCUCAUCGUAGGAAACAAAACCCUACGAUUUUGGGUGUCAGGGAGCAUAUAUUUACUGGAAGUGUUUCAUCACUUGCUUGGUUCAUGUCCAAUCAGGAGACCAGCUUUGUGACUAUUGGCCAACGUGUUUUAGCUAGUCCUCUAAGGGUACGAUUCCAUUACGGCCAUCCUGAUAUAUUUGACAGAAUAUUCCACAUAACAAGGGGUGGCAUAAGCAAAGCUUCAAAAAUAAUAAAUUUAAGCGAGGAUAUAUUUGCAGGAUACAACACAACCCUACGUGGGGGAUAUGUAACGCAUCAUGAAUAUAUCCAAGAAGGGAAAGGGCGUGAUGUGGGGAUGAAUCAGAUAUCAUCUUUUGAGGCAAAGGUGGCAAAUGGGAAUGGAGAGCAGACACUUAGCCGUGAUGUUUAUCGACUGGGGCGCCGUUUUGACUUCUAUAGGAUGCUCUCAUUCUACUAUACAACAGUUGGUUUCUAUUUCAGUAGCAUGGUAACUGUGAUUACUGUAUAUGUGUUCUUAUAUGGACGCAUAUACAUGGUACUGAGUGGAUUAGAUAGGGAGAUUCUUAUGGACCCGAGCAUAAGUGAGAGCAAGGUCCUUGAACAGGCUAUGGCUCCUCAAUCCAUUUUUCAGCUAGGCUUUUUUCUAGUGCUGCCCAUGGUUAUGGAAAUUGGCUUGGAGAAAGGGUUCCGCACUGCUCUAGGUGAUUUUGUCAUUAUGCAGCUACAGCUUGCAUCUGUGUUCUUUACAUUCCAGCUUGGAACCAAAUCACAUUAUUUCGGAAGAACAAUUCUUCAUGGUGGUUCCAAAUAUCGAGCCACUGGGCGUGGCUUUGUUGUUUUCCAUGCGAAGUUUGCAGAAAACUACAGGCUAUACUCACGAAGUCACUUUGUUAAGGGAUUGGAAUUAUUUAUACUGCUGAUCGUGUAUGAAGUUUACGGGGCUUCAUAUCGCAGUUCAAGUCUUUUUAUGUUCAUCACAUUAUCCAUGUGGUUCAUGGUUGGAUCCUGGUUGUUUGCUCCAUUUGUGUUCAAUCCAUCUGGAUUUGACUGGCAAAAAACAGUGGAUGAUUGGACAGAUUGGAAACGGUGGAUGGGCAAUCGUGGUGGUAUAGGAAUUUCUCCUGAUAAAAGCUGGGAAUCAUGGUGGGCUGGAGAACAUGAACAUCUCAGACACACAAAUUUCAGGGGAUGGUUGCUUGAAAUAAUCCUUGCAUUUCGCUUCUUUAUCUACCAAUAUGGCAUUGUCUACCACCUUGAUAUAUCCCAUCACAGUAAAAGUUUGCUGGUUUACGGACUUUCGUGGAUAGUUAUGAUUACUGCUCUAUUAGUCCUCAAGAUGGUAUCCAUGGGGAGAAGAAAAUUCCGUACAGACUUUCAGCUCAUGUUCAGGAUUCUCAAGGCACUCCUAUUUCUCGGCUUCAUGUCAGUCAUGACUGUUCUCUUCGUAGUUUGUGGUCUCACAAUACAAGAUUUAUUUGCUGCCAUCCUCGCGUUCAUGCCCACAGGGUGGGCCCUUCUUCUUAUUGGACAGGCAUGCAUGAGUUUGUUUAAGUGGAUAGGAUUCUGGGAUUCGAUGAAGGAGCUAGCAAGGGCAUACGAGUACAUCAUGGGUUUAUUGCUUUUCAUGCCAAUAGCCAUCCUGUCAUGGUUCUCGUUUGUUUCAGAGUUCCAAACUCGCCUGCUCUUCAAUCAAGCAUUUAGCAGAGGCCUCCAGAUUUCUAUGAUUCUUGCAGGAAAGAAAGAUGGAAGCGAUACUGUAAAGAAAGAUGUACCUGAAGCAGCAAAGAAAGACGGCGCUGAUGAAGGAAAGAAAUCAUCUAACUAGAUCUUCGACAUUUCACUUUCAUUUUGUUUAUUCUGUCCUGUAUCUAAAAUUAGUUGGAAGUCCAAGAGAUAUGGUAAUUAUUUCUACAAGAUUGAUCGAUAUGGUCAUUUUUUUUCUUUAUGGUGUAGGAGCUUCUUAGGAAAAUAAAUCUUCCUUAUUUAAUUUUAUUUCUUCUCCUUUUUUUUUUUAUUAUGAUCUGUGAAGCUAUAUAUAAGGUGACACUGUUAUAUGGAAUCUUGAUACAGAGAUCAAUUUCUCUAAUCUUACAGCUUUAAA